AUGUCUAGCAGCCCAGAGGCUCCGUCUCAACGCAGGUGGAAUAGCGCUAGGAGGGUUGUGAGCAGAGGGGAAGCGGAAUUAGAGAAGAUGAUGCCUGCCCCCUUGCAUGUCAUCAAAGCAGGACUUGAGGCUCAACGGGUCAGAGGGAUACAGCCGGCCCACAACCAUCCAACAGCUCAAGAAGUCAACAAUAGCCCUGUCCCAGCUGGUCAUAACCCCUCCAGAGCCGCUAAGGCUGAGAAGACCGAUAAAUCAAAACGCGGCCCUGCCAAAGAGCAGACGACUAGCAAUGGCCAAGACGGGCCUUCCUCGUCGCGGGACCUCACGGAGGCAAUGGAGGUGCCCAUAGUUGACGCCGAGAAUGAACAAAGCUAUUAUCAUGUCCCCAACCUCGAAGGUUUUGAUGCACCCGGUAAUGAUGGCCACGACCUCACGUUCUCGACGGGGCAUUGUGACAACUCCGAUGAGAGACAGUCUUCUACCCCCGUUAGCCCACCUGCACCAGGGAACGGCCGCAUGAUGAUUAAUUUCGAAUUUGCGAAUGGCCCAAGUGUCACAAUUAACAUUAACCAGGAUAUCAAGAAGGGUCCAGAAGGGGGUUCCAACGCAACGCCAACUUUGCAAUCGCAGAGGAACUCGGUGGCGAGCAGCGGUCGACCGAUGGAAUUAGGGUAUGCACAGGCAGACCCGAGAAUCUUGCUGGUGAUCGGAUUGAUUUGUGGCGUUUUCGGGCUGACGACGGCCUAUGUUAUUCAACAGUUUGCUUAA